CAUGGCGGCCGCGCCGGAAGGGGCGGGCGAGGCCUGAAGGUGCUCCCCGGCACUGGGGCCGCCAGCCGCGCCAUGGUCAACCUCGGGCUACGGCGCGUGGAGGACAGUGUGGCCGCCAAGCACCCGGCGCUGCAGCAGUACGCGGCCUGCCAGUCCCACGCCUUCAUGAAGGGUAUCGGCACCUUCCUGGCAGGUACGGCCUGGCCUGCCCCGGCUCCUCCCCGCCGCUCCCCGGGGGCUGCGGGCAGCGGGGGCGGGCGGCCCGGGCGGGGGCCAGUAACGGCGCCCGGCCCCCCGGUUUCGGCAGGCAGCGGGGCCGCCUUCGCCGUGCAGAAGCUGGUGAACAAGAAGCUGCCGUACAGCCUGCAGUGGAGCCUGCUGCUGGCCGGGGCUGCAGGGUCCCUCGCCAGCUACGUGGUAACCAGAGCCGAGACACAGAAAUGCUCCGAUUUCUGGAUUUACCUGGAGACAGGCAAGUCCCCACAGGAGCUUGCCAAGGCUGGUAGUGUUUCUCAGCCCGCAGGUACGUUCCCAUCUCUCCCUGUUGCUUUCCCUGGGCUUGUCAUGCCUGGUUCUUCCCUGCCGCAACAAUUUGCUGUUCCUGCCUCAUAAUUAAGUUGGUAACUGUGUCAUUGCCAAAAGUCCCCAUAUAAGUCCCACACUGGCACCCUGCAGUCGAGGGAUGGGAGCAGGUGCCUGGGGUGGCAGCAGCGCUAGGGAGGCUGGAGCUCCCUGCUUGCCUUCGUGGCUCCCAUGUCUCUCCAUGGCCUGGGCCCACCACCUGUGCCGCAGAUACCUGAGCAGGGCUGGUGGCAUGGGGUGGGAGCGCUCACUUCUGCCUGCUGCCCUGCCUGCUUUGUAGAUUCACAAGAGCCAGUGUGAAGGGUGUGUUUGCUGGAAGAGGAAGAAGAGAGUAGGGGAUGGAGGGAGGCAGUAAACCCCUCCACAGCUUGGUUGCUCUGUAUGGUGGGCAGAGCUGGAGGGGCACCAGAACAGGCACUGCUGGGCAGUCCCCACAGCUGCUUGCUGCUUUCUCCCACUGGUACCUUGAGCUCCCAAAGCUGGGUCCAGCUGAAGAGGCUUUAAAUGCUUCACCAGGGCUCUGUGGUUCUCUGCCUGCCCCUGGCAAACAUGCCAGGAUAGUUGGGGGUCCAGGGAGCUUGUUCUUUUUGUUGCAGAAAAUCUGCCCAGCCCAGAGGACAGAGAGAGCACAGCACCACCAGUGAGGAGGAACAAAUAUGGGGACGUUGUGGAGUAGUCAGCAGAGCACAACGCACUGUGCCUGUGUCCUGCUUCACCCCUUCCUGCCUGCCCGGCCUGCCUGUGCUGCUUGAGAGACUGGUGGGCUCUGUGGCACUGCUCGGGAGCUCGGAUGAGUUGAUCCUGCAGUGAGAGCGCAGUGGAGGCACCGUAGGGAUUGCUGCCUCCCAGGUAGCCUCCGAACGUCGCACGUGGGGGGUACAAUAAAAGUCAAGAGCUGAAAGUG